CAAUGUCCACGCUAUCUUUGUACUUUUGACUUGGUGGGCUAAAUUAUUAUUACUACUAUUCCCACCAUUCAAUAAAAUAUUACCAAAACAGACUUUCUUUUUUGAUCUUGAGCAAAAGGAUCAUCCAUCCAGAAUACACUUCAAACCCAAAUAAAUGAACAUCAUUCCUCUUUUCUUACCUUUGAAAACCUCUUGAGAUUUUGACAGCAGAGUUAUGGCGGAAUCGUUUCUCUCCAUCAUUGCCGAAACCCUUUUGAAGAACAUCAUCUCCCCUACUAUCAAACAAACUAUCUCUCUAUUGAAUGCCAGUGAUUUGAAAAUGCUGGAGGACACCAUGACAUACAUCAAAGCUGUGCUGUUAGAUGCUGAAAAACUGCAGCAGCACAAUCAGACAUUGCGCCAUAGUUUGACCAAGCUAAGAGGCGUCUUUUAUGAUGCUGAGGAUGUGCUCGAUGAAUUCAGGUGUGACGCUCUGCGAAAGGAGUUGAAAACGGCGUUUGUGGCAAGGUCAACGGUGUUGGGGUGCUGUGCCUUGCCAUUUUGGUGCAAUGGUGGCAGAGGAUGCGUCAGGCUUCGGGCGGUAAGUAUGCCAACAUGGUGGGGUACGCGCGAAAGGAGACCGAGGGUUUUAGAUUUUUUUAAAAGAAAUUUAGAUUAUGGGCUUGGGCUUGGGCUUGGGCUUGUAUAAUAUUAGGUUUGGAUUUGGGUCUUGUAAAUAGGAUUGUUUAUUAUUUUAUUUUUUUUUCAGGAUAAAAUUAACCUGUUACAGUGAGUAUUUUGAUGCAUUUCUAAGAUAUGUAAUCUUAGAAGAUAUGAUUUUAUAUUUGGUGGUAGGUGCCUUUUAAUCUUAGCCAUUGAUGUACUUAAUUUUGUACCAUUGGAUUUGGAGAGGCUCAACUAUAAAUAAGAGACCUCUUCCCUCAUUGUAAAUCACUUGAGUUUUGAGCAAUAAGAAUUCUUGAGAGCAUUCACUUAAAUCUCUCUCUUGUGUUCUUAUUUUCUUUGGCUUGUUCUUGUCUCGUUCUUCUUUCAUCUUGUUUGGCUUUAAGGUACUUUCGCUUAAGUUGUGUUUUGGGAAGAAUUCUGUUGAAUCCUUCUUUUGUAGAAGUUGGGCUGACUUAGGCGUUUUUGGAGUAAGAAACUGCCUAAGGCCGCACGGAUUGUGAGAUAGUCUUCUCAAUUUCCACGCUCUCUUUACUAAAUUUCUUUGUAUUUUUCAUUUGGUGGGGCUAAAUUAUUACUAUUAUUCCCAAAAACAGACUUUCUUAUUUGACCUUGAGCAAAAGGAUCAUCCAUCCAGCAUAAACCCAAAUAAAAGAACUUCAUUCCUCUUAUCUGACCUUUGAAAACCUCUUAAGAUUUUGACAGCAGAGUUAUGGCGGAAUCGUUUCUCUCCAUCAUUGCCGAUACCCUUUUGAAGAACAUCAUCUCCCCUAGUAUCAAACAAACUAUCUCUCUAUUGAAUGCCAGUGAUUUGAAAAGGCUGGAGGAAACCAUGACAUACAUCAAAGCUGUGCUGUUAGAUGCUGAAAAACUGCAGCAGCACAAUCAGACAUUACGCCUUAGUUUGACCAAGCUAAGAGGCGUCUUUUAUGAUGCUGAGGAUGUGCUUGAUGAAUUCAGGUGUGACGCUCUGCGAAAGGAGUUGAAUACGGUUCGUUUCUCCUCCAUCUCUAUCCCUUUUGCAUACUCUUUGAGGAUGGGUCACAAAAUAAAAAAGAUCAACGAAAGGUUAGAGACCAUUGCUACUGAUUUCAAAAGAUUUAAUCUAGGAGAGAAUGUUCAAAUUCUUCAGAACCGACCGUAUGUUGUUCAAAGUCAUAGGGACACCCACUCCCUCAUGACUUCUAAGGUACUUGGUCGAGAUCAAGACAAAGAGAACAUUAUAGAUCUUCUAGUCCAGCCAAGGGGUGUGGAAACCAUGACUGUCAUCCCCAUAGUUGGAAUAGGAGGUUUGGGGAAAACUACGCUUGCUCAGUUUGUGUAUAAUGAUGAAAGAGUGAGUCGGUGUUUUCCCUUGAAACUAUGGGUGUGUGUAUCCGAGUUUUUCGACGUUGCCAGGUUGCUUUGCGAGAUUAUUUUCUACAUCAACCAUGAAAGAUGUGAUGGUUUACCGGUCAAUGCACUGUUGACUCUUCUCCAAAGUCUUAUAGAAGGUAAAAAUUUUUUACUUAUUCUGGAUGAUGUGUGGAAUGAAGAUCGUGUCAAGUGGGAUGAAUUGAAAGCCAUAUUGAUGAAAUUGGAUUAUCUGCAUCAAAGUAAAAUCAUUGUUACCACAAGAAGUUUAGCCGUCGCAUCAAUAAUGGGUACUCAAAGUCCUUUUGAACUAGAAGCUCUUAGUCAUGAAGAUAGCUUGUCUCUGUUACUAAAAUGGGCAUUUAACCAAGGGGACGAAGAACGAUAUCCAAACCUAUUGCCAAUUGCUGAUGAAAUUGUGAAGAAAUGCAAAGGUGUUCCUUUGGCAGUGAGAACUAUGGGAAGUUUACUUUAUGGAAAAACUCGUCAACGUGACUGGGAACUGAUAAGAGAUAAUCACAUCUGGAAGCUUGAUCAACAAGAGACAGGUAUCUUAGCUGCACUAAAAUUAAGUGACAAUCAUUUGCCCCAUCAUUUGAAACGAUGUCUAGCUUAUUUGUCAUUGUUUCCCAAGGAUACACUUUAUGACACUGAUUAUAUCAUCCAAUCCUGGUUGGCUAAUGGAUUUCUCCCAAGCCCCGUGCAAGAAGAUGAUGUGUGCUGCGAAGACAUUGGUUUACAGUAUUUCAAAGACUUAUGGUCCAAGGGAUUUGUCCAAGAUGUUGAUGACAAAGUUACAUUUUAUAACUUCAAAAUCCAUGAUCUGAUACAUGAUCUUGCGCUAAGUGUUUCACAAGAAGAGUGCUUAACCAUAUAUCAGCAAACGAUAAGUGCUUCUGAAAAUGUUCGGCAUUUGGCAUUCGCUGAGCAUUAUCCGAUGAGAACUCUGCAGCCAUUUUUGAAGAAGUUGAAAGGUGUGCGCACGUUAGUAAAUCUAACUCCAUGGGGACAAUGCAGGGAGGUGGAGAAAACAUUUUUGAGUGCUUGCAUCUCAUAUUUUAAGUACCUGCGGCUAAUUGAGUUGGAAAAUUGCACGUUAAAGGCAUUACCAAAGUCCAUUUGCACCCUAAAGCAUUUAAAGUGUCUUAACUUAAGUAGCUGCCAUAAUUUGAGGAGAGUUCCAAAGUCCAUCCAUAAACUUCAGAGCUUGCUGACAUUGAGAUUAUUUAAUCUCCCAAGGUUUCAAGUGUCUGACAAUUUGCGAAGGUUGAUCAAUUUAAGAUUUCUGGAGAUAUCAGGGGAUGACAUGCAAUUAAGAGAGGUUCGACCUGGUAAUUGGAGUUCACUUCGAUUCUUAUACUUUUUCAAGUGCACGACACUAAAAUGUUUGUUUGAAGGGAUGGAAAACGUCACAUCACUCAAAGAUUUGAAUUUCAAAUAUUGUUAUGAACUUGAAUCACUACCUCGGAGUCUGAAAUUCCUAGUUAAAUUAGAGGAUAUUUUUAUUAUUUCUUGCCCAAAAAUAAAUUUACUCAUGGAACCUCAAGGAUAGAAGAUGAAAAGCUUCACUUAGGUCUUAAAAAAUUCAUAAUUCGUGAUACGCCAAGUUUAAGGGAUCUACCUCGGUUGCUUCUUGAAGCAUCUGCUAGCCAUUUGGAGUUCAUUGAACUCAGGGGUUGCCCUGAAUUGGAGGCACUGCCAAAUUGGUUUCAAAGCUUAAUUUCACUUCAAACAUUAGAGAUUAUUGGUUGUCCCAAAUUAUCUCGUCUUUUUGAUGGAGUAGAGCAUCUCACUUCCCUCAAACAACUAAAGAUCCAACAAUGUCCAACACUAAAUGAUAAAUAUCGACCGCAAACUGGUACAGAUUGGUCCAAGAUAUCACCCGUUCAAGAAGUUCAUAUUGAAGAGCAAAAGAUUAUCAAGUCACGUUAGAGGUAAAGGAAAGCGGAGGGUUAGAUGAGAAUAAGAGAGCUGCAGGUUAGGUCUAAUGCUGGAAAACUAUGGGAAGGGUAGCAGUUCUUUGUAUUGUGAAUUGAGGAGUUGAUGCAGUAUUCGUAAUGUAACACUCUUUGUUUUAUUUUGCCUCUGUCCUUCAUUUGGAAUCAAACAUUUUCUCCUCGCGAUAUCUAUGGUGUUGUAUGGAUAACUCAUGAAUUUAGUUGAAAUUUUAUUUUCUGUUAA